CGGCGCUGUGAGGCGCGGGGCGCGGCGGGCGCAGGGCUCAUGUAAUCAAAGAAGUUUCUUUGUUGUGUGUAUCUUUUCAGAACACAACAGGAAUUGAAAAUGAAUCAGAACGCUGAACCUGUGGCAGCCGCCGAGACCCUGGCCGAGGUGCCUGAACAUGUGCUUCGAGGCCUUCCAGAGGAAGUGAGGCUUUUCCCAUCUGCUGUUGACAAGACUCGGGUUGGUGUCUGGGCCACUAAGCCAAUUUUAAAAGGCAAAAAGUUUGGGCCAUUUGUUGGUGAUAAGAAAAAAAGAUCUCAGGUUAAGAAUAAUGUAUACAUGUGGGAGGUCUAUUACCCAAAUUUGGGAUGGAUGUGCAUUGAUGCCACCGAUCCAGAGAAGGGGAACUGGCUGCGCUAUGUGAAUUGGGCUUGCUCAGGAGAAGAGCAAAAUUUAUUUCCACUGGAAAUCAACAGGGCCAUUUACUAUAAAACUUUAAAGCCAAUCGCGCCGGGCGAGGAGCUCCUGGUCUGGUACAAUGGGGAAGACAACCCCGAGAUAGCAGCUGCGAUUGAGGAAGAGCGAGCCAGCGCCCGGAGCAAGCGGAGCUCCCCGAAAAGCAGGAAAGGGAAGAAAAAAUCCCAAGAAAAUAAAAACAAAGCAAACAAAACUGAAGACAUACAGCUGAAGGCAAGUGAGCCAGAUUCCACCUCUGCAAAUAUGAGAGAUUCUGUGGAAGGCCCCAGAGACGAAGACGAGAAGCCUUCCGCUUCCGCCGCCGAGCAGACGGCCGCCCUUCAGGAGGUGGUGAGUCAGGAUGUGCCUCCGGAGCUCGCCCUCCCGCCCCCUGCCCAGGUCCCCCAGGCGGGACCAGCCGCAGAGCUGGAAGCAGCACGUAGUGAGGCGAACGACAUGGAGGAGGAAGAGGAGGAGGAGGAGGAGGGGGAGGAGGAGGAGGAGGAGGAGGAGGAGGAGGAGGAGGAGUUGGACGAAGAGGAGGAGGAAGCAGCUGACGUGCCAGAUGAAAGCUCCACGAAAGAGCCGGAGAUACGAUGUGAUGAGAAGCCAGAGGAUUUAUUAGAAGAACCAAAAACUGUUCCGAAGGACGCUCUUGAAGACUCUCCAGAGGUAGCACCUGCUAUCAGAAUUCCCAAAGCUAAAGAAGAGGCCAAUGGUGACGUGUUUGAAACGUUUCUGUUUCCGUGUCAGCAUUGCGAGAGGAAGUUCACGACCAAACAGGGGCUGGAACGGCACAUGCACAUCCACAUAUCCACGGUAAACCACGCCUUCAAGUGCAAGUACUGCGGGAAGGCGUUCGGCACGCAGAUCAACAGGCGGCGGCACGAGCGGCGCCACGAGGCGGGGCUGAAGCGGAAGCCCAGCCUGACACUCCGGCCGCCGGAGGCCCCAGCCGAUGGCAAGGCGCCCGGGGACGCCGCUCCUCCGAAGGAUGACGCGCAGCCUCCCGGUCUUGGGCAAGACUCCCUGACCUUGACUUCAGAGAAGGCUUCCCAAGACACAGUAAAUUCUUCUGUUGUAGAAGAGAACGGAGAAGUGAAAGAGCUUCAUCCGUGCCAAUACUGUAAAAAGGUUUUUGGAACUCACACUAACAUGAGGCGGCAUCAGCGCAGGGUUCACGAGCGUCACCUGAUUCCUAAAGGUGUGCGGCGAAAAGGGGGUCUCCUCGAAGAGCAGCAGCCCCCAGCAGAGCAGGCCGCGCCUGCCCAGAGUGUCUACGUACCCAGCACAGAGCCAGAGGAGGAGGGGGAGGCAGACGACGUGUACAUCAUGGAUAUUUCUAGCAAUAUCUCUGAAAAUUUAAAUUACUAUAUUGAUGGUAAAAUUCAGACCAGCUGCAGCACCAGUAACUGUGACGUUAUUGAGAUGGAAUCCAGUUCGGCAGACUUGUAUGGUAUCAACUGUCUGCUCGCUCCGGUUACAGUGGAAAUAACUCAAAAUAUAAAGACCACACAGGUCCCUAUAACAGAUGAUCUUCCUAAAGAGCCUUCCAGCAGCACACACAGUGAGCCCAAGAAACGGAGGACUGCCAGUCCUCCUGUGUUGCCCAGAAUUAAAGCUGAGACCGAGUCUGAGCCCGUAGCGCCUUCGUGUUCCUUGAGUCUGCCUCUCAGCAUAUCAACCACAGAGGCCGUGUCGUUCCACAAAGAGAAAAAUGUGUAUUUGUCGUCAAAGCUCAAACAACUUCUUCAAACCCAGGAUAAACUAACUCCUCCUGCAGGGAUUUCAGCCACUGAAAUACCUAAAUUAGGUCCUGUAUGUGUGUCCACUCCUGCGUCGAUGCUACCUGUGACCUCGAGCAGGUUUAAGAGGCGGACCAGCUCUCCCCCCAGCUCUCCACAACACAGUCCUGCCCUUCGAGACUUUGGAAAGCCAGGCGAUGGGAAAGCCAUGUGGACUGAGGCAGUUCUAAGUUCCAAAAAGCCCAAAUUAGAAAGUCAUAGCAACUCACCAGCAUGGAGUUUGUCUGGGAGAGAUGAGAGAGAAACUGGGAGCCCUCCAGGCUUUGAUGAAUAUAAAGUAUCUAAAGAGUGGGCAGCUAGUUCUACUUUUAGCAAUGUAUGCAACCAACAGCCACUGGAUUUAUCCAGUGGGGUAAAACAGAAGGCUGAGGGUACGGGCAAGGCUCCGGUCCAGUGGGAAUCUGUGUUAGAUCUCAGUGUGCAUAAAAAGCCUAGUAGUGACUCUGAAGGCAAGGAAUUCAAAGAAAAUCAUUUGGUGCAACCAGCCUGCAGUGCUGUAAAGAAAAAGAAACCAACCACCUGCAUGCUACAGAAGGUCCUUCUCAAUGAAUACAAUGGCGUUGACUUACCUGUAGAAAAUGCUCCAGAUGUGACCAGGAGCCCCAGUCCUUGUAAACCCCUAGAUCCUCAGCCGGACCCUGACCUUGGUCCCGACUCUAGCUUAUCUGUCCCUCCUGGCGAGUCUUCUCCUUCGUCACCUGCCCUGCAGACAUCUUCCCUUUCUUCCGGGCAGCUGCCGCCUCUCUUGACCCCAACCAAUCCCUCUUCCCCCCAACCCUGUCCUCCUGUGUUAACUGUUGCCACUCCACCCCCUCCACUGCUUCCUACUGUACCUCUUCCAGCCCCCGCUUCCGGGGCAUCCCCUCAUCCGUGUCCCUCUCCACUCUCGAAUGCCACCGCACAGUCCCCACUUCCAAUUCUUUCCCCAACGGUGUCUCCCUCGCCAUCUCCCAUUCCUUCCGUGGAGCCCCUUAUGUCUGCUGCUUCACCGGGGCCUCCGACACUCUCUUCAUCUUCCUCCUCAUCUUCUUCGCCUUCAUUCUCUUCUUCAUCCUCCUCCUCUUCUCCUUCGCCACCUCCUCUCUCAGCAGUAUCAUCUGUGGUUUCCUCUGGGGAUAAUCUGGAAGCCUGUCUCCCCAUGAUAUCUUUUAAACAGGAGGAAUUAGAGAAUGAGGGUCUGAAAGCGAGGGAAGAAUCCCAGUCUGCCACUGCGCGGGAUAUCGUUCAGGAGACAUUCAACAAAAAUUUUGUCUGCAACGUCUGUGAAUCACCUUUUCUUUCCAUUAAAGAUCUAACCAAACAUUUAUCCAUUCAUGCCGAGGAAUGGCCCUUCAAAUGUGAAUUUUGUGUGCAGCUCUUUAAGGCUAAAACUGAUUUGUCAGAACAUCGCUUUUUGCUUCAUGGAGUUGGGAAUAUCUUUGUGUGUUCGGUUUGUAAAAAAGAAUUUGCGUUUUUGUGCAAUCUGCAGCAGCACCAGCGAGAUCUCCACCCCGAUAAAGUGUGCACACACCAUGAGUUUGAAAGUGGCACCCUGAGACCCCAGAACUUUACGGAUCCCAGCAAGGCCCACGUAGAGCAUAUGCAGAGUUUGCCAGAAGAUCCUUUAGAAACGUCUAAAGAAGAAGAGGAGCUGAACGAUUCCUCAGAAGAGCUUUACACGACCAUAAAAAUAAUGGCUUCUGGAAUAAAGACGAAAGAUCCAGAUGUUCGAUUGGGUCUCAAUCAACAUUACCCAAGCUUUAAACCUCCUCCAUUUCAGUACCAUCACCGCAACCCCCUGGGCAUUGGUGUGACGGCCACAAAUUUCACUACACACAAUAUCCCACAGACGUUUACUACCGCCAUCCGCUGCACCAAGUGUGGGAAAGGUGUGGACAACAUGCCUGAGCUGCACAAACACAUCCUGGCGUGUGCUUCCGCUAGCGACAAGAAGAGGUAUACCCCGAAGAAAAAUCCAGUCCCGCUGAAACAGACUGUGCAGCCCAGAAACGGUGUGGUGGUUUUGGACAACUCUGGGAAGAACGCCUUCAGACGAAUGGGACAGCCCAAAAGACUGAACUUCAGUGUUGAGCUCAGCAAGAUGUCCUCAAAUAAGCUCAAGUUAAAUGCGUUGAAGAAAAAAAACCAGCUUGUCCAGAAAGCCAUCCUUCAGAAAAACAAAUCUGCAAAGCAGAAAGCCGACCUAAAAAACGCUCCUGAGUCGUCCUCGCACAUCUGCCCGUACUGCAACAGAGAGUUCACGUACAUCGGGAGCCUGAACAAGCACGCCGCUUUCAGCUGUCCCAAAAAACCUCUUUCUCCUUCCAAAAAAAAAGUUUCCCAUUCAUCCAAGAAAGGAGGACACCCGUCCCCUGCAGGUAGUGACAAAACCAACAGCAGCAGCCACCGCAGACGGACAGCGGAUGCAGAGAUCAAAAUGCAGAGCAUGCAGGCGCCUUUGGGCAAGACCAGAGCUCGCAGCUCGGGCCCUGCACAGGUCCCACCGCCCUCCUCGUCCUUCAGGUCCAAGCAGAAUGUUAAAUUUGCAGCUUCGGUUAAGUCCAAAAAACCGAGCUCCUCCUUAAGGAACUCAAGCCCGAUACGAAUGGCCAAAAUGACUCACAACGAGAGCAAGAAGCCCAAAGCUGCAGCCAAGAAUCAUGCAGCUCAGCUCUCGGGCAAGACGUGUCGGAGCCUGCACGUGAGGGCACAGAAAAGCAGAGCUGUCCUACAGAGCAAAUCGGCCUCGGCCAGUAAGAAACGGACAGACAGGUUCAAUGUAAAAUCUAGAGAACGAAGUGGGGGGCCGAUCACCCGAAGCCUGCAGCUGGCAGCUGCCGCCGACCCGAGUGAGAACAGGAGGGAGGACGGCAGUGGCAAGCAGGAGCUGAAGGACUUAAGCUACAGUCUCCGCCUGGCAUCUCGAUGUCCUCCGCCAGCUGCCCCGUACAUCACCAGGCAGUGUAGGAAUGUCAAGGCCACAGCUGCAGCCCAGUUCCAGGGAUCCCUCUUCAAAGAGUAGAUGCUUCGCCUGCUCCUUGACAGCACCUGAAGUGACCUGGAAUCAGUGAAGCCAAAGGGACUGGCCUUCUGGCCUCCAGGGAGUACCGACCUAUUCCAGAUCCAUGAGCCUGCAAGAGAGAGAGAGAGUGUGUGUGUGUGUGUGUGUGUGCGUGCGUGCGUGCGCCUGUGGUCUUCAGAUGAGGGUCCCGAACCCCAGGGAGGCAGGAAGGCAGCUGAUUGCACGCCGUGGAUGACACCUGGGUGCAGCCCCCGGCCUGUGUUCUGCAGCUCAGCUUUCCUGUUGGGUUGGGGCCCCUCCUACUAUGCAAUUUUCCGAGAGCUCCUUGAUCCUGCUUUUUGCUUCUCCAGUUGUCUUUUGCCACGGCGGGGACUUGGGUCUGGUCCAGGGGUCAGCUCCAGCCCCGUCCAGGGAAGGCCUUCAGGAAGAGGCCAAGUUCCCCUUCCAGCCAGCCCCGCCCCUGCCUUCCCUUGCCCCCAGUGUCUCUGGGAAUCCGUAGUGUGUAGACACUUCGGAGCCUUGCUGAUCGUCCCCCUUGGCCCUCGCACUUGGAAGACUUCCUUCUUUGCCUGAGCAAUCUGAGCCGCUGGCUCUCGCGUUGUUUCCAGAUUUGUCAUUCUCAUCAGUCAGGCCCUGUGCGUCCAGGAGAAAGUCCUCGUCUCCGUUUAUAGAUCGGCUCCUCCCGUGGGAGAGGCAGGGGACAGGAUGCUGUGAGGGCGGUGCGGGGAGCUCUCCCGUGUGUGCUUCUUUGCCUCCCUUGGUGGGACCAUCAACACCUUUAGGGUCUGAGCUUCUCCAAUUGGCUGAAAAGGGAAACAAAGAAACAGAAAUUGGGAAAUGAAAAAUAAGCUGGAGGAUUAAAAAGCCUAGGGGGAAACAAAAGAGAUUUCCGGAGGCCAUCUAUCGCCUGCCAGGGAACGAUGGAGCUGGCUCCAUCUCUGAUGGAACAGUCCAUGUCUCGGAGAAACGGGUGAGCUGAGCUAGGAGUUUGGACCCAGUUCAGUGAGGGUCUUGGGUUUUGUGCCUUUGGGGCAGACUCUCAGACAGGAUGUCUGAGACCACUUUGGCGCUGUCUUCUCAGCUCCAUGUUGGAU